AUGGCUGAAGUGGAAGCCCCAGAAAUCACCCCGCAGGACCAGAAUUCUAUGGAAAUUCCGUCUGUCGACGAUACUACUGGAAUAGCAUCAGAAAUUGAGACGGAGAAAGAGAAAGAGAAGGAGAUGGAGAAAGAUAAGGAGAUGGAGAAAGAGAAGGAUGCUUCCCCCAAAGAGGCUGCAAAUGGCGCUGCGAAGAAGGAAAAUGUGCCCCCGAAACGUGCUGCAGUCGGGGCCGUCAAGCGCUCUUCUGUCGCCCCAAGCGCAACCAAAUCUACAGUAGCAGCAGCGUCAUCGUCAUCAUCUGCUACUCGAUCGACUGGUGGAUUAAGCAAGCCUCCUGUGCGAGCAGUACCAUCCACUGUACGAAAGCCAACCAGCGCAACCGCCCCAACAUCUGCGAGCUCCAGCCACCGUUCACAAGCAUCCAUUGGAGGUUCUGGAGAUGAGAAGAAAAAGCCACUGUCAAGCGCUCCUAGGAGAACAUCUCUUGCUCCGGCCCACAACUCUCCAUCAAAGACUGAAUCUCUCACGGAAAAGCGGGGAGCGCCUACAUCGUCCACAACCACGCGCAAGCCUGCUGGAUCUAUCAGUUCAGCUAGCCCUAAGACUGUUACGAGACCAUCUACUUCCAGCAGCACAACAGCGAGAGCUACUGGGGCUACCAGCACUGCCGCCAGCAGAUCUACUCCCGCUUCCAAACCAGCUAUCUCGAGCACCGUUUCGGAUGCAAAGAAGCGACUCUCGACAAUUUCUGGAUCUCCCAGUGUAUCGAGGCCUUCUGCUCGCCCAAGUUCUCAUGCGACCCCCACAUCCUCGAAAGAAGUCGACGAGCUCAAAUCGAAGCUGGAAAUUAGCGAGGCUAAGGUUGAGGAACUUCAAAAAGAGAUCGUGUCUUCUCAGGAGAAAUUAGCCGGUUUUGGGAAGCAAAUCGAAGAGGAAGCCGCUCGAGUGAUUGAAGCCGAAGAGGACAUCCGCAACCAACACAAGAAGAUGAUCGAAAAGGCGCAUGCUAAGCACGAGGCUGAUGUUCAAAAAUUGCAAGCUCAAUUAGCGGAAGCUGAGGUGGACAGGGUAUCUGCUCAGGAGUCUUCAUUGAAGACAAUCGAGGAAGCUCAACAUGCUGCUACUGCAAAGGGUGAAACGGAGAUAACAGAGGCCUUGGAAAAAAUGAAGGUCGAACACACUUCAACACUGGAGGCACUCAAUGCUGAAUUGGCGAGCGCAAAGGAAGCUAGCUUUGUUGCUUCGUCUGCCGCUGCUGAAAAGGAGGCGGAGAUUUUAGCUCUGAAGACUCAACUUGAGCACGGUACGGCGGAGCUUGAUGCUCUCAAGGCUGAGCACGAGACUGCGCUUGGCGAGUUGAAGAAGUCUCUUACAGCAGAGCAUGAAUCUGCCCUGGAAGCAUUGAAGACGGCUCACUCGGCUGAUCUUGCGAAAGGUAGCACUGAGGCAAGCUCUGCUUAUGAGAAACAAAUCGCGGACCUGUCUGAGAAGCAUGAAUCUACUCUAGAAGCAUUGAAGGCCUCGCAUUCAGCUGAUCUGGCGAAAGGUAGUACUGAGACAAGUUCUACCUAUGAGCAACAAAUUGCAGAUCUGUCCAAAAAGCACGAAUCUACCACCAGUGAGCUUCAGAAGCAAAUUGAGGAAGCAAUCGCUGCUCGGAGUGCGUUAGAAGCUUCUCACAAGGAAAAGAUUGACAAUCAUGCAGCAGAUUCCAAAGCUGCCGUAUCAAGGCUUGAAGAGGAAUUAUCUCUUCUGAAGACAAAAUCCGACAAGGAUGCGCAAUUACUUCAUGAGUCUACGCAAAACCACGAUGAUUUACGGGUGCAAUCAGAAGCCGCCCAGAAGCAACUGCUCUCGGCUCAAGAAGAACUCAAGGCCGCAUCACAGAAGUAUGAAUCACUGCAGACCAAGAGUGCAGAGGAUGAGGGGGCUUUGGCGGCAGUGAAAGAGGAAUUGAGUGGCGCUAAGGAUCAGGUGGUUUCUUUGCAGAAGAUGAUGGAGACAUUCGAUGCAGAAGGAAAGACCAACGAGGAGUUGCAAUCUAAGAUCAAGUCUGAGCUUGCUACCACUGUCCAAAGCCUCGAAGAUAAGACCAAAGAGAUCUCUCUGUUGCAGGAGAAGCACCAAAAGGAGCAAGAAAAGCACCGAAUUGAACUUGAGAAUGUUACCAAAGACUAUGAGAAGGAAAUCGAGGCGUUGCAAGGCAAUUCUGGCAUCAAGGAGGGGUACGAGGCCCUCCAGAAGGAGUACGAGGCCCUCAAGGUCAAGCACGAGGAAAUCACCAAGGCUCACAGCGACGCCGCAACAGCUCAUGAAGCACAACUCGAGAACAUCAAACAAAAUCAUGCUGCAGCUGUUGCCACACACGACAACUCUGUGAGCGAGCAUCGACAUGAGAUUGAGUCCUUGAAGGCAUCAUAUGCAAAGAAUGUUGAUGAGGCUAGUGACAGAGCCAUCACUGCCAUCGACGCUGCUCAUGGAGCCGAAUUAGAAUCCGUUCACGCGAGCCAUGCACAAGCGAUUACCGCUUUGAAGCAGGAGUAUGCUGCCAGCCACGCAACCGCCUCUUCAGACGCUGAGAAGCUUAAGGAUGCUGAAAGCGCAUUGCAGGCAGAAAUUUCCCAGACAAAGGAGUCUCUAAGCAAGGCUACCGCUGAAUUGGACGCCCUGAAGCAGGAGUUAGCCCUGGAAAAGAUGACCAGAACAUCUGCCGAGGCAGACUUGGAUGCUGUGAAGAGCAAGAAGCCCAAUACCUCAGAAGCCGAUGCGCUGCGCAAGGAGCUACAAGUUUUAAAGGACCAACAUCAAGCCGCUCUUAUGACUUCUCAGCAGGAAUCAGCGAAGGCAACUGAAGAGCACUUGGCAACCAGGGCGACUCUUGAGAAGAUCCAAGCCGACUUGCAAAAUGAGAAGGCCGCGGCUGACAAACAGGCUAAGACCUCCGGAACCGACUAUCAAGAUCUACAUGAUUCUCUUGAAUCUAUAGUGCAGGAAUCGAGCAAGAAAACUGCCGACUUAGAGGCAAGGUUGAAAGAGGCUGAAGCCAUCAUCAAGGUUAAGGAUGCGGAAAUUGCUGAAGAGAAGGUAUGUAACCAGUUCGCAACACGGCAAUAUGUCUUAACUAAUACGGGCUGCCAGGCGAAGAACAUCGUCCUCCAAGCACCAAAGACCCCAACCAGCGCCAAGUCCCCACAAGGUCUCGCCGCCAGCAAAUUCGCUGCAGAACCUGACUCUCCUGAGACGCCAAGUGCAAAGGCAGAGCCAGAAACAGAAACAGCGGAAGCGAAAGCUAAAGUCACCGCACAGCAACUGGCACAAAUGGAGGAUGAUUUGAGAACCGAAAAUCUGAGAGCUCUCCAAUCCAUCACAGAUCUCUCCCCCUCAGUGUCCGUCUAA